GUUUCUCUCUGUCUCUGUGGCCUCGAUACAAGGACUGGACCGAGACCGCAGCUGCAGUGCGUCGCCGGGCAUUCUGAAACCCAAAAACAUGUCCAUGACAAUAGAGCAGGUGUGCCCUCUGUAGCAACGUGUCCUUCGCCUCCUUCACCCAAAAAACAAAUAUCAAAAGAGCAUCAGUCGUGGGAAACGAGGUUCUGCUUGCCUGUUUACUGGCUCCUCUGAGGGACACGCGAGGUCUGGAGCGGUACUGCCCGUCGAAGUGAGAAAACAUGCUCUCUCUCUCUGUAGUAGACGGCAAGAGACGGUAGGGGAAACGAGAAGACGCGCCCCAGUUGC